CGACAAGGGGCUUUUGUGUCAUUUGCCCUAAAAAUCAUAUAUUCCGACUUUUAUGAUGUAAGAAGUAAGACAUGACAUCCCAGCCACCACCGUCUCCUCUUCUCCAUCUCUCACGUAUCGAUCGCUUCCUCCUUUACUGAUCCAUCUUCUUCAUCCAUCAUCUCCUUUGCUGCUGCCGUUUUCUGUUGAUCUCAUCAUCUUCUUCUCGAUCCUCUUCUGUGACUUUUGUCCUUGAUGAAUGCGGAAUUUUCAACAAUCAGUUGAAUAUCUGCUGUAGAUGCUUCCCCUGUCUCCUUUCACCACUAAGGUAAUGGCGGAUAAGAACAGAAGUGUCUGUUUACCUAAUUCAGAUGAUCCUUUUGGUAAACUCCCUGAUCAUCUACUCGUUGAAAUCUUUAACCGAGUUCCCAUCAUAGACUGGGGAGUAGUAUCUUGUGUAUCAAGGCAAUGGGCUCAUCUCUUUCAAGAAGAAUGCCUGUGGCAUGCUGCUCUUAUCAGAAGUUUUCCUUUACUUUCCCAGGCUAAAAGGUGGCCUGGUCCAAUUCCUCAAGGAUCAAGCAAAAGGAGGUAUGCUGCAUUAUAUGUGAGCAAACAUUUAUUUUCACUGGAUGGUGAAAUGGAUGAGCUUGUAGGUCAUACUUAUCUGUACCUGAAAGAUCAACUUGAGAUUACAAAAAUGCCUUGUUCAUCUGGAAUACUUCAUGGAACCAUAAUAGAUCAAUUUAUAGCUUGUGGCAUGUCAAAGGAGAAGGCUCAUGACCUUGCUUCUAAAAUUUGGUUGGCAGUCAUUGAAAAUUUAGAAGAAAGUGAGAAAACAUUUCUCUUGCUCAAGCGCCUUGCGCUCGAGGGAGAUGCAUUUCUUCCAUUCCCAUAUUCAAGAUCAUAUGAAGUCCUGUGGAAGGUGUUUGAGAAGCUGUUUACGGAUUUCAGGGAUUGUUUUAGCCGAAUGGAGGAAUAUUAUGAUGUGCUUGGUUGUGCAAAGCAGAAGUUUCAGCCCAUACCACCCACCUGGUUGGGGUAUUAGUGUGUCAAUGUUGAUGAUAUCAUAUGUUGUAAUGUAUGAAUAGGUAAAGAAGAAUUAAGUUUUCAUGGUGUAAAUAGAGUUGCAAGUUGUGUAUGAAUUUAUGUGUAAUGUAAUAUAUUUUUCUUAAUUUAACUCGAAAUUGAGUGGUUAAUCCUUUUAUUAUUGUAUAUAAUUCUUGAUAAUUUGGUGAUCAUCUGAUGGGAAGGUCACCUUUGACAAAAAUAUAAAACAUG